GUGCGCGUACCCUUCUCCGCCCAAUAUGGAUUUUCCAAAGGGCGGCCGAAUCAGUGGAUGCUGACAGCCGCUCCGUUGCCACAUCAAAACUAUGGUGCCGGCAAUAUUCACCCCUUCGAACAGGUAAUGGCGUACCAAUGAUGAUACCACCGCGUCUAUCGCCGCGACGGCUAUGCUUCGUGGUGGUGCUUUUCGCUUGCAUCACCAUCUUCAUAUCGCUCGGUACGCGGUGGCCGUGGCCGACGCGUCGGACCUCUGAAGUCCCUGCCUCCGCCCAACAGAAGGCUGCGGCGGUGGCCGACGAUCCGAAAGAUGAGCAUCGCGAAGAGGAGGUGGCAGGUGUUCCCCUCGUCGCCGAAGAGGAGGACGAGGAAGAGGUGGUGGUGGACGAGCCCACCAAAAAGCCCGGAAGACCUUGGUUCAUGACUGGCGGUACGGAGUUUCCCGGUAAUCACAAAGGACCGCCGAGGUUGUUUCCCAAUCAGGCGGACGAUGACAGGGUUGUUGAUCAAUUGAUGUACGUUCCUGAGAAUUAUCAAGGCUACGACACCCCAGAAAAAGUAAUCCUAGUAUACAACGGCCUGGGCGCUUGGGGCCAAAAAUCCGGAUCCGGAAGCUUCCACGGAUGUCCGGUGAACCGGUGCACCCUGACGGACGACCGGAGCCGCGCCGCCGACGCCAACGCCAUCCUUUACAAGGACCACUUCAUCCAUCCGGGCGUGCCUCGGCCCACCAACCAGGUCUGGAUCCUGUACUUCCUCGAGUGUCCCUAUCACACGCAGAGCAUCAAGUUCGCAGACGUUAUCAACUGGACAGCCACGUAUCGACGGGACAGCGAUCUGGUGGCGCCCUACGAAAGAUGGACCUAUUAUGACCCCCAGGACAUUGUAGAAAAACUCCCAAAAAAACAAAAAGAGCAUGUUGUAGUGUCUUCGUUGAAAUCCUGCAUUGAUGAUCAAGCAGCCAAUUGUGGAACAUCUACAAGCAGCAGCAGGUACCAAAACGCAGAAAUAAAAUUAUCCACAUGCGGUUCAAUUGCUAGGAUUGUUAUUAAUCCGAAAAUGGCUAAAGACGCAUUUUUUUCUGAAAAUAAUUUAGACAAUUUCCAAUCAAACACAAGUUCUUCUUUAAACCAAAUGGAAACCUUAACAAACUUUAUUAGGUCAUGCGCAGGAAAAAAUGCGGUUCCGGCUAAAUAUCGUCUUCAUGCAAGUGCAAAUUCAAAAAUGUUAAGCAGUUUUUAUAAACAUGGUUUAUACGAAUUUGACAUCAAUGAAAAGAGGGAAAAACAAAAUCGGGCUAUAGUGUGGGCAGAUGCUGAAGAACUGGUUAAGGCUGUUAUUGAAAAAAGGAACUAUAUUGGAAAACCUGAAAUUAAAGUUAUGGCUGAUGGAGGGCAAGGUUUAGCUGGAAACCAAGAAAUAGUAGAAGACGAACUAAAUGCAAUGGAUCAAGGUAAACGAUCUACAUAUGCAGAAGGAGGAAGAGCAGGAAAAAGAGAAAAACUAAGUGGAGUAAAAAGAUUAAUAAUUUUAUGCAUGGUCCCUCAAAUAAAAGAAAGUUACGACAAUAUUAAAUUUCUAUUUGAUCUUACACAAAUAAACAAAAUUUCCUUCAAGUUUGUUUCGGACCUAAAGGUGACCCUCCUCGUCAAUGGAUUUCAGACAGCAACUGCAACGUACCCGUGUCCUUAUUGCUAUGUAUCACUACACGAACUAAGGUUUCAAGAUAAACCCACAAAUGUUGAAGAUCCCACGAUGUGUUUAAGAACUUAUGGAGACGUUAACAAGCAUUUCGAUAAAUUUUAUUCUCUAGGCAAAAAUAAAAAAGUCGCUAAAGAAUGUUUUAGCACCGUUCGUUUGAAGGUUCAGAACAGGGACUACGCAGCAAACAAAACGAAAAAAGUCGCUUGGUUCGUAUCGAACUGCGGCGCUCGCAACGGCCGUUUGGCGUACGCCCGCGAGCUGGCAAACCACAUUCCAGUGGAUAUUUACGGCACUUGUGGGCCUCUAAAAUGCCCACGACAUGACAAAAAAUGCUUCGAGAUUUUAGAUCGCGAGUACAAGUUUUAUUUGGCGUUUGAAAACUCCAAUUGCCGCGACUACAUCACCGAGAAGUUCUACGUGAACGGUCUGUCGCAGAACGUGCUGCCCAUCGUGAUGGGAGGCAGACCGGAGGACUACCAAAAAAGCGCCCCGGAAGGUUCGUAUAUUCACGUGGACGAGUUCGCGGGGCCCAAAGAACUGGCCGACUACUUGCAUCGCUUGGACAAAGAUAAUGCCCUCUACAAUUCUUACUUCAAGUGGAAGGGCACCGGGGAGUUUAUUAACACGUACUUCUGGUGCCGAUUGUGCGCGAUGAUGCACGCCCCGGUCACCCAUCGCCACUACGAGGACGUAAACGACUGGUGGCGGGGACCCGGCGUUUGCACUUCCAAGUCCUGGAGAAACGCCGAAUUCGUCUAGACACGCACAUUCAUUCGAUGGACUUUUAGGAACCUUUUUGUUAUUUCAUUGUAUGUAUUGUAUAUUAUUAAUAAUUUAUUAAGUUUUUAUUACC